AUGUUACGACACAUAUUUGCACCCGCGUUCAGGCAAGGAUUUAUAUCUGUCAAUAAUUACCUGCCUAGAUCAACUGUCAACCGAUAUCUUUCAACUGAUCCACAAAUACCUAAGACCGCAGUGCUGAUGAUGAACUUGGGUGGUCCGGCUACGCAAGAUGAAGUCCAUGACUUUCUUCUCAGACUUUUCUCUGACGGAGAUUUGAUUCCUUUAGGUACCGGCGUGCGUCAGUAAGGCUGGUAUAUAUAUUUCUAAAUUAAGCACUAAACAGAGCUCAUCCCUUUUUGGAAUGUGUUGUAUGUAAGUGUAUCUAAUCAUUGAAAGAACCUCGAAUAUCAUUGUUAAUUUUUGUCCGUUCUCGACUGAUUGUAGCGAGUUUCGCUGCUUAAAUCCUUUGCGAGAUUUGCUACUAUUGGAAAUUCACCGUCCAUGCCUUGCGAUAUAAUUUUUAGGAUUAUAUCCAGUGGUGUGUCGCAAUCGAUAUAUGGUCGUGGUCGCAAGUCUUAGGCCAUUGCAGCAGUUGAUAUAUGACAAGGGGGCUUCAAAAUAGUAUUCGUUCAAUGUGC